GUUUCUUAGACAUUACUACUAUGAACUAAAAAAAAUCCUAGAAAAAGCCAAGAAAUUUAUAUAUCUGCGCACAGAAAUAGUUCCCUGGACAAUCACCCUUUCAAUGGAUUUCUAGCGGAUUCACGAGAUAUCGUACUUUAAAGAUUUUGAGUCUUUGGACAUACAUUUUUUGCGGGUUCAACAUGAAAGAGUUGGCAAAACUGUACACAACACUACACUGUAUAGUUAUGUAGUAGGAUGUGUAGUAGGCUGUGUACAGAAUCUGGUACUGGUACUAACGUCGGAUUUCCGGUUUUCCUGUUUGGUGCGGCUAUGAGUACUAUUGUUUCGUGGUUUAGUGUGAAAAAAUAUCUGAAUUGAUUGUUUCAACGAUUGUGAUUUGUUAAAAUACAAGUAUAAGCGAUGCUUAAUGCCGGGCGCUCGCUCGACUAUUAAGCCGGCGUCGGCGGGCGAAUACUCUGCUUCCGAUGAGGAAUCACAACUAAAAAUCCAUCUGCAAAAACAGCUGGAAGACGAUGUGGCUAGAAUUUUUGAUGAGUCCAUAUAUUCUGAUCUUGAAGUGGUGUGUGGGAAAUUAAAAAUACUAACUCAUUCUUGUAUACUAAAAACACGCUCCCAUAAAUUUUAUCACAAGCUCAAAAGUAUUUUGCAUGUGAAUAGUGGGCGCAAUACUUAUGAUGAAAUAUAUUCGUUCAUAAGCGAUGUUUAUACUGAAUGCGACGUACGACAUCAAGAGAGGGAAAUAAUAGCAUAUCUAAAUGAAAAUUUUAAUAUUGUACGUUCCGUCGCAAACGCGUCGUCGUGCAAUCCGAAGGAAGAUACAGACGAGACGGAAACAUUUUACACUCCGAAGUGUCCUAUAAGCCCACGCAUUGAAAAAGGCAGCCAAAAAACAAUAAACUCUAGUCCAAGCACCGAACUAACGAAAGAGUAUUACGCAUUGGUGCCCAUUAACAACAAUCUUUUAGACAAAGAACUAAUCGAACAAGACGCGCUUUCUAAUGCAUUUUUAUCAAUUAUAAAAUCCCAAGUCGAUGAUAAAGUAGAAACAAAAGUUUCACAGCCCAAUAAACCUACUUCCUUGUCACUUUCUAGUCAUAUAUCCAAAACAGUCAAACAUUCCAAUACUUAUGAUAUUAUAAAUUCAGAUCGUGUAACAGAUAACAUUCCCAAAUUCGAAAAGAGUAUUGAAAAGCAUUCUAUUGUCGCCACUAGUCAUGAGUCUAAAUUGAUUACUACGUACUUAUGUAAUGAUCAUACUGAUCCUGCUUUUAAAGCCUGUCCGCCCGUCGGAGACAAGUUAAUAGAUCCAACAUAUUCACCAGAUAGCUUAAUCACAGACGAACCGAGUAGUUCAUCAGAUUACUUAUCCGCUACUUACACUUGUUCGCCGGUGGCCGGCUCUUCUGGAUGUUUUACUCAAUUAAAUGUUAGCGAUAACAAUACAAAAAUGGAGAAUAUUUUCACAGUAUCAGAUUCCGGGUUGGAAACUGCCGGACUGUUGGAGAGCAUUAAUAGUCAUAAAGACGUCACGUUAACAGACAUAUCGUUGACGGAAAGCACCCUUCACGAUCUAACUGCAGAUGAGGUAACUAAUUCUAACUCUAAUUCACAAGAAACAGUCCAUACUCCAUUAACAGAUUUAAAAGAAUUUCAUAGGCUGAAAUUAUUUAAUUUGCCACAUUCAAAAUCUCUUGGGGGUAUGUCUACAGAAAAAGAAAGUAAUAGCCAGAUCACCGAUAACAGGCCUGGAAUUAAAGAAGAAAUGAGUGGAAAAUCGUCGAAAGAAGAAAAACAGAGGCAAAAUGAAGAAAUUGUUAUAUUGGAAUCUUCUUCUUUAUCAUCUGAAACUGGUUCUUGGGAAUCAGUAUUCCCACCGAAGUUGUCAGAAAAAGAUAUAUCAGAAAAGACUGCACAUGAUGGACAAUGUUCGCAUGAAAGUAAUUUGGAUACGAAACUAGAAUCUACGAGUUCGAACGAUUUAUAUUCAGAAAAAUUCAAUUGUGAUGUAAGUCAAAAAUAUUUCAAAUCUUCUUCUUGCUUUAUUGAUGCGGCAAGUCUAGUCGAAGAGGAAACUGAAGCUAUUAACUUAUCAGCUGGAUUGAGUGAACCUAGUAAAGAGACUAAGAUGGAUACAUUACCAGCACCGAGCCAACCCGUACCCUGUUCAACUAUAAAAGUAGACAUAAGCCCAAAUGAUUGGUCAGAAUGCAAUGAAAAUGACGAUUCAUUAGAACAACAAGACCACAAAGAUCCAGAUUCAAUACAAAAAGAUUUAUCUCCUACCAUAUUUGAAAUGACUCCUAUAACAGAAGAUUCUUUAUGUGCAAAUGCUUUUGAAGACACAAGUCGCACUGAACAAAGAAACAUUAAUGAUAAAGAUGAAACUUCACUAACUAGUUCAGUAUUUACGAGUAGCACACCACAUAACUCUAUAAUGUCAGUAAAAGCUUCCGCCCUGAGACUGUAUGGCUCUGACAAUGAAUCUAAUGUUGCGUUAAAACAAGAAAAUAGUAGCAUUGGAUUGAAAUCGCAAAACUUUGUAUCGCCGCCAAUCGUAUCAGGUGGUGCCUCUAUAGAGGAUCAUUUGCUUCAACUAGGUGAUAGUCAUACGGGGAGUCCAUUAGUAAAAAGGAAAAUUGAAAAUAUUCCUAUUGUGUCAGGAGCUUAUAUACAAGAUAUAGAAAAUCAAAAUAACGAUCAAGGUAAAACUUCUAAAAUUUCUAGUGCACCGGCGUGGGUCGUCGACAUGUCUACUGGAUCGAAUACAGAUAGAAACCUGGUUUAUCAAAGCCAAAUUUCAAAAAAUAGUGGUGACUGUGUUAACGACAAUGUGAAAAUGAAUCCCAAGUCUACGAAUAUCGCUGACCCUUGUAACAAAAGUAGAAGUUCUGUUGAUUCAGACAGCAGUGAAAGAUCCAGUCAUAAAUUUUAUAUCGAUUUGUCAAGUUUGCCUGAUCCGCUACCUCCAAAAACUCAAACAGAACCUGAAAGUAUAGCAGAAAAGAAAAAUAUUUUUACUAUGUACAUAGAUUUAGGGGACAAAUCAGCGGUAAAAGAAAUGCCAGCAAGGCUAUCGUCACUAAACAAAAGAAGCAAUUCCCAAACGGAAACUCCUAUCAAUGUUAAUAAAAAUACCAAGGUAGCCAAAACACCAGCUAGUGACUUUUCUGUGGGUAAAAAUUGUUCCACCAGUUUAUUAACAUUUGAAAAAUUAGAAUCAUUAUGCAACGAUCCUAAUAUCAGUAUUUCGGAAAUUAUUAACAUUCCAGAAAGUAACAAAACCGCAGGGCCUCCUAAGGAUUCUGCGGAAGCUCGAUCAGCUGUUACAGAUUUAAGUUCGCACACCUUCAGUGAUAAGGUACCCACUAUAGAAGAGGAACCACCUAUGGAAGAUUUGGCAAAAGAUUCAAAUGAUCUUUUUGUUAAAUUGUCAGAUUUGGACAAACCUGUUUCAAAAUUGUCAGACUUAGAGGAAUCUAUUCCAAAAAUAAACACAACUAUAACCAUUAGCAAAGAAGAUACUUGGGAAACAAGGAUGACACGGUCGAUCCCCGAUAACAGUUGGGGCGAUUUAAAUCUGGCCGGCAACUCCAGGUCUAGCGAUAUCAUAAGUUCAUUUCAUUCAGAAAAUGCACUGAGUUUAAAUCGCUUGUUUCCUCACUUAAAGAAUGAGUUCAGUAGAAGUGUUCCCGGAUCUUUAUCAAGCCGAACGCGAUCUCCUUUGAGAUUAGGAAAUUCUGUCAGUACCGGCGAAAUGGAGGAGCAAGCAUCGGAUAUGUCAGAAAUUAGCAGCGUCCAAAGCAGCAUUUGUCGCUCCGUAGUCGAAAAUAGUACUACUGAAGAAAUGAGCCAAACUGCGAGCCUCGUAGGCAGUUGUCAAUCCCGUCUAGGGCAGGACCUUCUUCGCAUGUUCCUGGAAGAGAUAGCCCCUGAUGUCAUUGUAGAAGUAUCUGGCAAGAGGAUUAAAGCGCAUAAAUGUAUAUUGUCAUCCAGGUGUCAAUUUUUCGCUGGAAUUCUAAGUGGAGGAUGGGUGGAAAGCGCCGGCAACGUUAUUGCUUUGCCUUCAUUUUCGUAUAACGUAGUGCAUUUCGCGAUGUGUCAUAUAUAUUCUGGACUGUCCGCGAUACCUGACUCAAUUAGUAUUCUGGAAUUGGCUACGUUAGCGGACAUGUUGGGCCUGGAGGGUCUGAAGGAAGCUAUUAUGUUUACGCUCAAAGCUAAAUACUGCCACCAUUUUCAUAGGCCAUGUGCGGUGUGUAUAGCUGGCGUGUUGGAAUGUUUUCCACUUUCUUCAGCGUAUGGAUUAGACGAUUUGUAUCGGAAAUGCCUGCGGUGGAUCACGAAGUAUUUUACCAAAGUGUGGCCUACAAAAGCGUUUGCCACUCUCCCGUCCGAGCUCUUAGAGAAAUGUUACCAACAACAUAUUGUGCAUUUGACUACGGAAAAUAUAGUUGAUACUGUAUAUGGAUGCGGCAUUACCGUGGCAUCGCUACAGAAUAGCAGGUGGGCGGAAACGGUCGCGCGAAUGUGCCGCCGCUUGGUGAACGCGGCUGCGCACUUCGCCGCGCUGAGACUGGUCGCGACGCUGCGAGCGAUCUCGUCAAUGCCGGCGGAUGCGCCGCCGCCCGCCCGACAAGCGCUCAACGACUGCCUCGCCGCCGCCAUAGAGUGGGCACCACCCGACGAAGCAUGCCGCGCUUAUGCAUACUUAUCAGAUGUCGUAAAGAAUUUGAAGAGUCAGCAAUACGCCAAACCCGAUCUGAUCACGAAUGCCAAUCAGGGGGCCAAGGUGGCUGGACCUAAUAAUCUGUUCUACAGCCACGCGGCUAGCUGGAGGCUACAAUCUGAGGGCGCUCUAGUUCGAGCCGCGCCCCGCGUGGUCGGCAUCCAGGCUUUUCAAGAACUACCCCCUGAACUACGUAAAAGGUUGCGCGAACUCGGUUGUAUUAUGUAUGGAACGCAAGCCAUGCCUGUGACUACCUCGCUGACUCAAGAUAAAAAAAGUCGCAGCAUUCACCACAGUCAGGCUAGUAAGACGCAUAACACGACUGGAAGUUGUAGCUUAGAUAUUGAUCAAGUUCGGGCGUCAUUUGUUCCGUACGCUUCCAAACCUACCACUCAUGUCAGCACAGUCGACAUAUUGAAAGGCAAUAACGAUAUGAAAAAGUCGGGUCGCUCCAAGCCACCAAAAGUGAGGACGACGAAGGCGCAAGAAGAACGAGCCAAAUUUAAUCUGACUAAGAAUCAAGUGCGCGUAAAUGGCAAAGCAGGUGUGUCCGCAAAGCGGGUCUACGAAAAUGCUAAACCGAGAUAUUUAGAACCACGAUUGUGUAAAGAAAACGAAAAAAAAGUUGUUGCGAAUAAUAAAUUAGUCCCCAAAGUGAUGUCAUCAAGUGAAUCAUCUCGCAAUUCCAGUCCGAUCCAGGUUCGUAAUUUACGUACGGGUCGUACGAAGACGCAACAAAUAUUCGAAAAGCAACCGCAGGCGAUCUCGCAAGACAGCCUUGCCACCUCGUCGCGGCCAAGAACUGCGGAGCCCUCCACCGACUCCCUUAGCGAAUCGCAAAAUAGCAACAAAUAUGCUACUUACACCAAAGCGAAACAUCCCUCUAAAGGAUCCGUCGAAUCGAUAAAAUCGUCGAAGUAUCCCUCGAUCGGCCAAACGAGCCUCCUGCAUGGAAAGAUGAAAACGAAGAUUCCCGUGCAUAUGCAUCAGGAUCAAAAAAGGGUAAAUUCAGAUAACAAGCCUACUCCGGAAGCCGCGAAGCGGGUCACGCCGUCCAUAGCCACCGCAAAGGUGAACGCAUCGCCGCGGGGUAAAGUCAACGAGAGGAAGGCCACUGGGUCCUUAAUGAACGCCACUAAAUCUAGUUCGGCCAAGAUGGUCCCUAAACUGGUGAAGGACUCGGUAUGCCAUAAGGGUGGAAUGAAAAAGAACGUACAUACAAAACAUUUUAACAAUCACGACGAAAACCAGCCGCAUAACGAAUUCCCAGUGAUGGAACGGUCAGGAACAUUUUUGAAAGAUGAGCCUACCUUUGGUGACAAAACCACGAACAUGGACAUAGGUCCUUAAAUUAUAUAUCGGUAUUUCUCCGGCCUACAUUUAAACAAAUCAAAUAAUUUGAUAAAUAUCGACACCAUAGAAAUUAAAUUUGGAAUAUGCUCUGAGACCACAGGGCAUAUGGGUAACGAGGUAUCUUGGCACUAUGUUGUACUAUGACAGCACUAUGUCCCAUUUUAUCACGUAAUGAUUGUUAAUAUAAUAAAAUAGUUGUUUAGUUAAGUAUAUAUUUUAAUACUCGACACGAAAUUAUCUAUGGUUUACGUUUGUUCCGACUUAAUUUAUUACGCAGUAGGUAUGUAGUUGUCGCGGUUCCGCCCGCGUGAUAAUCCUCACCCGGGAUGAAAGUUUCAUUAUGUAAUUUUCUAAGAUAAAAAAUACCCAAUACAGAGACAAUUACUUUCGCAUUCAUAAUAGUAUCAUAUGGAUAUAAAAAAAAAAAUUCAAUAUGUAACAUAUUUGCAAGAUGUCAUAUUUUCCGAAAUUAAGAAUUUUAAUCUAAAUAUCCCGAAUAUAAAUGUAAGAUUUAGAUUGCUUAUGAAAUUGAUUAUACUAAAGUUUUCUGUAUUAAAACGCACUUUAAAAACAAGAACUGAUUGACAUCAUUGACAUCCUCAUCUGUCAUCACUCACUAUCGUGAGUGAUAUUAUUGAUAAAUAAUCAUGCGGCCCAUUUACUUAAUCUCAUAUUCUUAAUUCUUAUUUGUUUUGUUGAUCAGCUGUUCUCAGUCAUUUUUCGAAAUGUUACUUUAUACAAAACGCUUUUCAUUAUCACUUCACUUUGUUAAUAGUAUGUCAAACGGUUCUUAAUUUUAAAUAACUUUAUUACUAUUAUACAUACCAAAGAGUGUAUAACAUACUUAGAACAUAUAAAUAGAGAAGAAAAAUUCAACAAUACAGUCAUCAUUCUGCAAAUAAGAAUGUAUUUGACACAUACUAUAUAUUUAAUCUGCCGCUUAAAUAUUUGCUGUUUGUUAUAAUAUUUACUAUAUAACACAUGCAUUUUAAGCAACUCUGUUACUAAUAACCUUAAGGCUGUAUUCGUGAGUUUGAUUUUGGUAGUGAUAAUAGAGAGCUUAUUAGAUUACCUUUCCGUUCGCUUAAUAAACAAGUUAAAUUUAUAUAAUACGGGCCUUGGGAUUAACAAUAUUUGAUAGUUUUUAUUUUUUUUGUGUAAUAAUUAUUAUGAAAAAGUAAAAUGUAGAUUGUUGCCAUUUAUAGUGUUAGGCUUAGCACUUAUUUAUUGUAGACAUAGCAAUCUGUACGCCGCUAAGCUGUUUUAUUGCAGUAUAAAAUAUUGUAUAUUAUGUAGUGACUAUAAGUAUAAAUUUUGCUAUUGCGCUGUUAUAGUUAAUGUAAUGCAUAUUUAAUAGCGUUUGAGUAUUUUUAAAUGAUAAGUGACUUAGCAGCACACAUUCAAAUAAUCUAGAUAGUUAUGAAAUAAUAUUUUAUAUUUCGACAUUCCGCGAUAUCUCUUCUAUUCCUAGGUAAUUUCAUGCGUAUCGAGUGCACAAGUUUGGCAUCGUUGACGACAGUGCACGAAUAUGCGCAGAAUGUAGAAUGAAAUACGUUCGUGUUGUAACAGUAUCUAAUCAAAUAUGGCACAGACUCAAAUUUACUUUCACACAUCUCGCUGCAUGGUACUAAAUUUUCAUUUACAUUUUCAGUUUCUCUGUUAGAGUUCGGUUGUACUGCCAAUCGUAUUGCGUAACUUUGAAGUAAUAUUUUUUAUCCCGCUUUUGCAACAUUUUUUAUUGCUCUAAGAUUUUUUCAAAUCUAACUAGUAGUUCGCGUGUUUCACCUUUUUAUAAUACUAUAUAUACUAGAUUGAUUUUUAGAGUUCCUUACCCGAAAAGGGACUCCUAUAGGAUAACUUUCUGUCUAUCUGUCAUAACCUUUUUCCCCAAGAACCCUCUACGUGUUCUUCACCAGUACUACCUUCUAUCCAGUUUAAAUUUAUUAUUUACUUUAAUAAAAACUUAAAUCGCACUUAUCCCGUUAAAUAAUUUCUAAAUUCAAUGCGAUGUUAUAAUUUUUAUAAUAAUUAAAUGUCAUAAACGAAGUAAUUACUUCCAGGUUGAACUUAAAAGAUCUGUACAUAACAUGCGCUGUUGAGUAAAGUUGCCAAACAUAUGCUCUUCAAGGUGCGCAUCCACUUUGCCUAGAUAAUGUUAGGCUUUAUUAGCGUGCGGUAGAUAGAGCAGGGGAGAAUUGAGUGUUUGUAUGUUACGCUAUUCGUGUAUUCAGUAUAUGAAUAUACUUAUGUAUACCGGGUGGGAAUAUUAAGUUUGACAAACGAUUAUUACUCUCGAGCGUAAUAUAAUAAGCAGAAUUAAUGUUGAAUACGCAGUAGGUCUCUAUAAUGCAAAGGUCUCUCGCUGAGCAGCAGUUUGUGAUGUGCACGCACUGUUGCGUUCCGGUUUGAAGAGCAUUGCACUAUUAUUGUCAAAAUAUAGCUUUGUGAAUGACGCUUAACAAUGAGCUAUAUGAAAAAAUCAUUAAAACAACUUUUGUUUAGUAUCGUUUUUUAUAAUUGGAUUGCCGAAUAAAAAAUAUACGGUACCGUAAAUUUACAAAAGCAGAAUAGUUUUAAUGUUAUUAAGCAUUAUUUUUGUGUGUAGUGUAUCAAUAAUCGGCUGUUGAUGCUUAAAAUAUCCACUCGUGUAUGUUUAUGCAAUAUUUUUGUAAUGGAUUUGUCUAUAAAAGGAAUGGGUGUUGGGAGUUGCAGGACGUUUCAUGAUCUUCAUCUCUAAUCAUUAUUUAUAUGUAUAUUAUUGCGAUUAUUUUGUAUAUUUAUAUAGGUGCUCUGUUGUUACAUAAAUGUUAUAAAAUACAACGGUUUGCUUAAAAAAGGCAAAUUAUUUAGAUUUCAUAGCCCAACAUGUAGUAAUCUAAUAGGGCAGGCCCAUGGAUAGUGGAUUUAGUGAAGUGUUGGUGUUAUGUUUAUUCUUAAACGUCAAAUAUACGUGUCAAAGUUAUAGUACACAUAUUAAUUCAGAACUAAAUCGUCAGCGUCUAACAAUAACUUCACCGUCCACCCAACGUUAGUACAUAACUAGAGUUUACCAGUUACGUCUGGUGGAAGGUUUAGCUACCUGGUGGCAUACUGCGGUAUCUUUCGCGUACGAGUGUCUGUUUCUCGUCUAUCGUGAAGCACCUGCGUGUAGGUUUGAGUCUUGUAGUCAGCGUAAUUACUGGUCGUUAUGAGACUUGUCAUGUCUCAUGCUAGUCGCUAGCACAAUAGGAACCAGACGCCAGCAAGACAGUCCACACCGUAUGCAGUGUGCGAACUUGCCCCGGCUCCCGACGCUGGUCAAUGCCUUUAUGGUGCUAUUUAUUAUUUGUUAUAGCAGGCAUUUUCACAAACAAUGCAGAACGAUUAAAUAUGGCGUUGAUUUCCAGGUCGAUAUGUUAACCUUUAUUCGCUAUAUUUCCAUUGUAUUUUUAUUGUCUGAGUGUGCAUUUGAUGUAUCGGUAGGCAGCAUGAGCGCUCGCGGAAUAAAAUACGCUAUAACCGAGGCAGUACGUACUUAUUUCAAUAAUUAGGCGUCGUGCUAUGGAACGGGAAAGGUAAUAAAAUUGUGGUCGCGCUUCAAUCUAUACAUAAUUACAUGCCCAUUUUUAAAAGGCGAAAUUAUCCGCCCAAUGAUUAUAAUUAUUGCACACACAAUUAUAUUAUUGUUAAUAUUUUUCAGGGAAGCUAAUUACUAAAUUAGCAUUAAAGAUUAUAAUUGAAUGUAUAUUAAGCCUAUUUUUUUAUCAGUAUUAUAAUUUCUUAUGCGUUAACAUAAUAUCGAUUAUUAUCAAAAAUAUAUUUUGUUUACAUUUCAAUAGCCUUCGGGGAUAGUUUAGUCCCCCGGCCUUGUAUUAUACAUUUUAAAAUAUAAUUACGUUGUUGUUAAAAAAAUACGAGUAUUAAAUUUUAAUAAGUGUAUCUUCUCUAGUCUAAGCUAGUCUCUAAGCCGGGCUAAUAUGUAUACAAUCGUUCGCCACUAGCCAAGAGAAUAAUCUGUGGAAAGCAAAUUAGGAUAUCAGCAUUUCCGCUUUCGCUCGCUGCCCGCUGCAAGUGCUUCGUAAUAUUUUGUUAAGACGAUUAUUUUUAUUCAGUGUGAUGUUACAAUAUCGAAAGUAAAUAUUAAUAGGGCCCAAUACUUAAAAACAGCAUGUCAUUGAACGUGAUAGUGACUUAUAUUUCAAUUUUAAUAUUAUAUGCUGGCAUGGGAGGGCACGCUCAUGAAUAAUAUAAUAGUGCUGAAUAAUAUCGAAUGUAAUAUUUAAUGCUUCAUGUCCUAAUGUAUUUUUAUAAUUAAUUAUUUGAGUCAUUUGAGAAAUAAAACAAUGUAUCCAAAUUACUAUUAUGGUAUUAAAAGUAAACGAAAAUGUACAACAUUUAUUACGACUACGCUUUACUACAAACAGGCACCACCGAAUAUCUUAUUUGUAUCGGCGUGGCUGGUAGCGAUAGGAGUGUGGUAACCACGCCUGCACACAUGGACAGGCACAUGUCACAGCUUUAGUCGCUUAGACGUUGGGUUUUUCGUUUACAUCACAACCCUAUACAAACAGCAUGAAUUUUUGUACUGUAAAACUACUUUGGAAUCUCCUAUAAGGCGCAGUGUUAUACACCAGUGUUUAAAAACUAAAAUAUUUUUAUUUAAAUUUGACUCAAAUCGAUUAUAUGACGAGAUGUCGCUGUCAAAUAAACGAAAUAUUUUGUCGUUUAAGCGUUUCCUUACAGUAGAUCUAACCUAUCUAAUUAAAUGUCGCUUUGUUCGUUAGUGCAAACGGUCAUUAGAAUCUCUUCCUUAUUUGUAUAUUCGUUCGUUAGGUUGUAAUGAAAUGUAUUAUUAAAACUUUGACAUUCAAUGUAUAUUUAUUUAUAUUAGAUUGUUAGUGUUGGUAGAAAUUUAAUGUCGUACGAACGUAAUUUAAUUUUUCAAUUGAUCUCAAUGGUGCACAGUAUUCAAUUAAGUGGGUUUCAGGAUUGCAUCAGCCAUCAUAUGAACGUUAUAAGCCAUGUUUUAUCAUUGUAACGUUUAAUUUACAGCGUUUAUUUUGAUAUUAUGAGUUACGGAAAGGUUAUAAGUAUAAAAUGAAAUCGCAAUUGAAUAGUUAACCACUUCGUUUUAAUUUAUAUUUUAGUUGAAAUGCUUAUUGUAACUAUGUACGUAAAAUGUGUUAUUUUUAUUAUUACAUUAUGUGUGCAUGAUACGGUAUUAUUGUUAGUUAAAUAAAAUAUUAUUCUGUGUAAUUUAGAAACGACGUGAAUGCAUUCAAAUAAAUCAAGUUACAUGCAAAA